ACUUCCAAGACGGGCAUGGCAACAAUGUGGAUCUUUCUAAUAGCUUUGUUGCCGUCGUUCCACAGCAGUGUUGGGGUGGAGCUGACUAUGACACCGUCAGUUGUUACUGUUGGGGAGCCUCUGAACCUGUCUUGUUCUGUAACACAGAACAGAUCGCAGUUCGCCUCAUUUAACCUUGCCAACUGGACACGUAUUGGGUUCGCCAAGCUGUUAGACGGGAUCUGCAUGCCAACUGUACGUAAUACUGGUGAGGUCUGUGAUAAGCUUUGUUCCUGUGAUGAAGACGGGACAUCCUUCUCCUGGGUGAUUCCCAACGUGUCUGAGGACUGGCACAAUACAGGUGUCCGAUGUUAUAUGGCUACUCCAGGCUUGCAAACGAGUGACGUCAUGAUAAUCAACGUGUUAUCUCUUUCAACAAGCCCAGGACUGACAGGACCUGUAACCAAUGAAGCGAUGAACUCUUCAACACAUGCCCAAACCGCAGGACAAGGAACGACCGAACUUAUGAAGAAUGAAGGUAUGGUGGGGAAUCCUUCUACAAAUGGUAGGUUCAGUAGAUGAGAUAAACCAUAAAAUACAAUCUAAUGUUAUAGAGUAAAAAGAGAAGUCUGGAAAUAUACACCUACACUUAUCUCAUUCCAGUAAGAAUACGAGCACCUUUUAAACGUGGCCAUUCUUUGUUUUAAAACAUCUGAAUCGUUCUAGCAAGAUACAUGACGCUAUCUAUAUCAUUCCGUGGUUUAAAUUCGCGCUCAGAAUGACAGAGAAAUUUCUUCUUCAGCAGUGGGCGUCUUUUGUGGCAUCGCCGUCAUUUUCGUUCUGGCUGUUGUUGGAGCGGUAGCGGUGGUUUACUGUAAGUUUUUUUUAUUAUUGUUCCUGUUAGAGUAAAGUCUAUAACAAACCGUAUAUAUACAGCUGUCAUAGGACUCGUCAGUGAUGUAAGGGACAUCCCAAAACUUUCUCGUCCUUCUAGAACUUGUCAUUGACGUUAGACAUCACACAGCUUUGACAUCCUUCAAGGACUCACCAGUGAUGUUAGGGACACCACACAGCUGUAACGUUCUUCCCAGAUUCGUCAGUUACAUUAGCGACAUCAUACAGCAAUUGUUUUCUUCAAGGACUCCUCAAUGAUGUUAAGGCCUCAUACAGCGUUCUUCUAGGACUCGUGAUGUUGGGGACAUACUAGAUCUGUGUCGUUCUUUUAGGACUCGUCAGUGGUACUAAGGACACCAUACAGCUGUGUCGUCAUUCCGCGACUCGUCAGUGGUGUUAGGGACAUCAUACAGCUCUUUCGUCCUUUUAGAACUCGUCAUGGAUGUUAGCAAGCUAACGAAUAACUAGCCAUGAUACAUAAAAUAUUCCAAGUUAAUUCUGUUAAAUUGCACAAUAUUAGGGAUUAAAAGGAUUUCAAGAUAUUACUAUCACUUGAUUUGCUAUUAAGAUUAUUUAAUGAAUUGUCGACGUGACGUCAUUAUAUUGAUCCCUAAUUAAUUGUCAACGUGACGUCAUAAUAUUGCUCCCUAAUUAAUUGUCGACGUGACGUCAUUGUAUUGCUCCCUAAUGAAUUGUCGAUGUGACGUCAUUGUAUUAACCUGUAAUGAAUUGUUUACAUGACGCCAUUAAAUCAUAUGUGUUUUUUUCUAUAGAACACGUGUACUGCAAUAAAUUACAUUUUUCGUUUUAUCUUUACAGGUAGACGUAACAAACUGGUUUGGUACGAAAAGUUAUAUAGCUUAAAAUUCUAUAUGAAAUUAACUGAUAUUACUUCGUGGUAUUAUUUAAGUUAAAUUAUGCAACAAGAUCUUUUGAUAAUACAACAUUUAUUGCAAAAUAUUUAAGCAUAAAUACAAACUCAGAGAUGAAUUUAGAAAUGUUUUUGGUAGUUUUUCCAGGAGAAUUCAAAUCGGGCGAAUACGAUGGGAGUCAAUCCAGGAAAUGAAGAUGACAUGGAACUAUUUCAGUCACAGCAGUAUGAGGGCCUAAAUCUUGCAGAUGUAGCAAACGCACCAGAUUAUGAGGUCAUUCUUGACAAAGAAGAUAGGAAGGAACAACUUCAGUCCCAGCAGUAUGAGGAUCUGAAUGUUGCAGAUAUAGGCAACUCAUCAGAGUAUGAAGACUUUCGAGACAAUGAACACAGGACGCCUUGUAACGACUGUGAAGACAAUGCUUAUGAGAGUUUAGGACGAACUUCAGUACAAAAUGUGUAUGACGAUCUCAGAACAAAAAUGUGAUAUGGACACACGAUGAGAGAACCAUUUCAACGAAAUGCAUAAAUUUUUCUACCGAAAGGAAGAUAUCCACUUCUGACGUUAUCAACUUUUAUCUCGGAAGGAUCACAUCCACUUCUGAUGGGAUCAACGUUUCUCUCGGAAGGUUCAAAUCCACUUCGCACGUGAUCAACUUUUAUCUCGGAAGGAUCACAUCCACUUCGCACGUGAUCAACGUUUAUCUCGGUAGGAUCACAUCCACUUCUGAUGGGAUCAACGUUUAUCUCUGUAGGAUCACAUCCACUUCUGAUGGGAUCAACGUUUAUCUCGGUAGGAUCAAAUCCAAUUCUGACGUUAUCGUCGUUACAUCAUAAUCUACUCCUGACGUGAUCAACUGUUAUCUCGAAGAAUCAUAUCCUCUCCUAAUGUGGUCAACGUUUAUCUCGGUAGAAUUAAAUCCACGUCUUACGCGGUCAACAUUUAUCUCGAAGGUUCACAUCCACUUCUGAUGGGAUCAACGUUUCUCUCGGAAGGUUCAAAUCCACUUCGCACGUGAUCAACUUUUAUCCCGGAAGGAUCACAUCCACUUCGCACGUGAUCAACGUUUAUCCUCGUAGGAUCACAUCCACUUCUGAUGGGAUCAACGUUUAUCUCGGUAAGAUCACAUCCACUUCUGAUGGGAUCAACGUUUAUCUCGGUAAGAUCACAUCCACUUCUGAUGGGAUCAACGUUUAUCUCGGUAGGAUCACAUCCACUUCUGAUGGGAUCAACGUUUAUCUCGGUAGGAUCACAUCCACUUCUGAUGGGAUCAACGUUUAUCUCGGUAGAUCACAUCCACUUCUGAUGGGAUCAACGUUUAUCUCGGUAGGAUCACAUCCACGUCUGAUGGGAUCAACGUUUAUCUCGGUAUGAUCAUAUCCACAUCUGAUGGGAUCAACGUUUAUCUCGGUAUGAUCAUAUCCACAUCUGAUGGGAUCAACGUUUAUCUCGGUAGGAUCAUAUCCACUUCUGAUGGGAUCAACGUUUAUCUCGGUAGGAUCACAUCCACUUCUGAUGGGAUCAACGUUUCUCUCGGAAGGUUCAAAUCCACUUCGCACGUGAUCAACUUUUAUCUCGGAAGGAUCACAUCCACUUCGCACGUGAUCAACGUUUAUCCUCGUAGGAUCACAUCCACUUCUGAUGGGAUCAACAAUUAUCUCGGUAAGAUCACAUCCACUUCUGACGUUAUCAACGUUUAUCUCGGUAUGAUCAAAUCCACUUCUGACGUUAUCGUCGUUACAUCAUAAUCUACUCCUGACGUGAUUAACUGUUAUCUCGAAGAAUCAUAUCCUCUCCUAAUGUGGUCAACGUUUAUCUCGGUAGAAUUAAAUCCACGUCUUACGCGGUCAACGUUUAUCUCGAAGGAUCAUAUUCUCGCUUUAUGUGAUCAACGUUUUGCCCGGUUGGGUUGCAUCCGUUCCAAAUGUGUACAUCGUUGCAAGGUCUUUGUUUACGUGUUUUAUCGAGAAGAUGAUAGAAAGAGAAACUACGUCUGCUUGUCUCGAAAUCUUGUCAUGAAUAGUAAUAUUUAUUAAUGAGAAUAACAUGAUUGUGCUUUCGUUGUGAACUCCUGGUUGAUGUCGAUUGGAAUACUACAUACUAUGAUAUAACAUAACUGGCCCGUUCUAACAUGUAAUACGACAAUGCUAUACAUAUCGUAAGACACUUUUUGACGUCAUUAGUUACGAUAUAUGACGUAGAACCUUAAAUUGCCUUCAAAUUAUGUAUCAUCGUUUUAAUUUGUUAGUUAUAAACAUCUGAGUUUUUUCCGUAUAUAUCUUAUACACGCCGGAUGGAACCGGGCGAAUGGUCUUGCUGUGGGAAGAAACCGAGUACCUGGGGAAACCCACGUGGUCGGGCAAGUGACCCCAUACCUUUUCACGACCGAUCGGAUUUGUUAUUCUUUGUAUUCCUUUGUUUCCUAAUGAUAUAUAUCAUUAGAUAUAUUUCUGUUUCAGCGGUACCAUUUCAUACAUUAUAUUUGUGGCGAGCAGUGAUAUCCUGUCAGCUAUAUAGCAUCUUUGAAGGGAUGUGUUAAAGUCAAGAGUCAACAUGUAACAUAAAAUCAUUAGCACUAGAGUGUUAUUCUUGCCACUAGACACAUACAAAUUUAACAAAUAUCACAGUAUUUAUGAAUAUAUAUAUAUAUAUAACAAAAAAACAAGAAUUGACGCAAGGCCUUUCUGCCCUCUCAGGCUUCAUCAGGCGGAUUGAACUUUUGUUUAUUUGUACGUUGCUUAGAUAUGUAUGAUGCCAUCAAUUGUGAUGACGUCAUCAGUUUACAAUAGCGUGACGCAAUAAACAAAGCCGGAACAGAUGGAAUAAUGUACAUUCAAUAAACUUAUUCUGCAUUUAA